GCUUCAGGGUUAGCUCUUUCGGCUAGCAGCUAGCUAACAAUUAGCAUUUCAUUCGGACGCUACCUCCCCGAUAACACAGAAACGAUCCCGGCAGAGAUUCUCCAACAGCGGGACAUUUUCACUGGCACCGGCGCGCCUCCGCCCUCUUCUCCUCCCGGUUGUCCCCGGCUCUCCGUCCUCCUGGUCCAGACCGGUCGUUUAACCCGAAACAUGUCGGCGGUGCAGAGGAUGAAAGUGGCGAACGAGCGGCACAGCAAGACCAUCACACAGCGGGGACACGUCCAGAAAACAUCGCGGCCAGUCAACGAGGAAAAGUCUCCGGUGGGCCCGUGGCUGCUCGCGCUGUUCGUCUUCGUGGUUUGUGGGUCAGCCAUCUUCCAGAUCAUCCAGAGCAUCAGGCAGGGCAUGUGAUGACCUUUGACCCUGGAGCCGAGCCUGUCACCUGGGGGGGGGGGACACGUCGGCAUCAUGACCCCACCGACCACACACACACAUAUACACACACACACACUUAAACACACUCACACACACUCGUUCCUGUGGAGUUUAAAUCUGAGCUGUUUUCUCUCCCCCCUCUCCCCCUCACAGUAAAUCACAUGAUUGUGAGUUUUUCGUUGUUUUUUACGUCCCUCACUGUUGAUGAAGCUGAUCAGAUAUUGGUUAUUGAUUGCUUGUCAGACGAAGUCUUAACUCUUCCUCCUGUCGGUCGUCCGGCUGCUUCUUCUUCUCUGCCGCUGCCGUUUGACUGGAGCUGAUGUGUUUUUGUAGAUCGGCUGAGAUUCUCCUGGAAGCUCGCCAUCGUCCCCGCGGAUCGUCUUGUUAAACCGGCCGUCGGUUUUGUCGGUUGACUUCCUGUCAGGCGCCGCUGUUUGUGGUCGUUGAGUAAAAUGUCGGAGGAACGAGCACUGCUGUGAAUUCUCUUCUAGAAGCCGGUGUUCAAGUAGCCUCAACGAACAAAUCAAGGCUGCUCGCUGAUAAAGCUGACGUUAACGUUUACUUCCUGUAAAUAUUUCACAUUAAAAGUCUUCCUUCCUGCCUGUUACUGCUAGGCUUUUAAUGUGAAAUAUUUACAGGGAGCGUUCAUUGACAGAUCAGGAAAAACGGGAUUAAACGGUCGUUCCAGAUCCAUGUAGUUAAAAUACAACGCAGCGAUGAAGCCUUUCGCUCCUGGCUGCCAGCGUUUACAGUCGGCACAGCAGCGUUUGGCGGAGGUGGUCGUGUCUGUUCGGACGGCGUGAUAUCCGGCUGUCCGAACAGAUGAGGCGAUGGUCACGCUGCAGACCGUCUGUCCGGUUUACAAAACGGAGAACGAGACGUCUGCAGAGAGCGAAGCGUACAAACGAUUAAAGGCGACGUUCUCGGCAACAAAACAAACCUUAGACAGCGUUUGGAAAGUGGCCGCUGCUUCGCUCUGCGGUCUCCAGCAGCGGCGUGAAGCAGGAUGGGUAUUUACGGGACUGAAAGCAGCACUUUGGUCAAAAUGUUUCCUUUUCUCCGGGAAGCGAGAGCCUGUGCAGCGGCUCCAGCCUGGCGGAAAGCGUUUUACAGCUCUCGCCUCGAUGUAGAAACCAGUAAACGUGAGAUCACGUCUGACAUCGGCUCAUCGCUUCAGUCAAACUUUGGGCCAACGUUUCCGCUGGGCGCGUUGAUCCGAAGAGACCGUAAACCUUUCACAGCGGCUGGUUUAGUUUCUGGAAAGGUGAAGCGGUCAGAGGUGAAGCGAGCCUCCUGCUGGACGACAUGCUCCGCUUUUAUACAAAAUAAACCACAUAUUUUUCUCUAAA